UACAUUUUUGAUAUCACAUGUUACAUGAAGUAUGCUGAACAUUCCUGCUGAUCAUUGUCAGCAAUGGCAAAUGUAGGUCAACUGAUAUUGUUCUACAGUAAAGCUGACAUCCACGCUUCUUGCUGUUUGGUGGUAAUGUCCUUUCACCUGACCUUUCUGACGUCUAGAUAAUUUGUAAUGGAAAAAGUCAAUCUUACUUCCGGCUUCAUACUUCUGGCCUUCUCAGACCUUCAAUACAACCAUGGUGCUCUUUUCUCCACCAUCCUGGUCAUAUACACCCUCACGUGGACUGCUAAUUUACUAUUAUUAAGUUCUAUUAAACUUUCUCCUCCGUUGCACACACCAAUGUACUUUUUCUUAGGGAUCUUGUCAGUAGUGGACAUCUCUUUCUCUACAGUGACGGUUCCCAAGCUUCUGUCCUGCAUUCUUCAUGGUGAAGCCGCAAUCUCCUUCCAUGGCUGUUUCCUGCAGAUGUACUUCUUUUUGUUCCUGGGGGUCACUGAGAUUUUUCUUCUCUCAGUCAUGGCUUUUGAUCGAUGUGUAGCCGUUUGUAUCCCCUUACGCUACACCUCAUUAAUGAGUGAUAAGGUUGUGGUCAUCCUGUCUAUCAGUUGUUGGGUGGCAGCGUCUCUACAUUCGCUAUUGCACACGUAUACUCUCUCACAAUUAAAGUACUGUGAGGACAGACUGAUCCACCACUUUUUUUGUGACAUGACCCCCCUCAUCAAACUGUCCUGCUCCAGUACUACAUUAGCUGAGCUCCUCAUAUACACCGAAGGUUCUAUAGCUAUAAUUAUACCAUUCCUUUUUAUACUCAUCUCCUAUGUGCUCAUUGGAUGGGCUAUAAUGAAAAUGAAGACCAACAGCAGCCGAAGCAAAGCCUUUUCCUCCUGUUCUUCUCAUCUCAUGGUCAUUUGUUUGUUCUAUGGCACCAUAAUUUUCAUUUACUUCCGUCCUCCCUCUGAUUACUCUUCCCAGUACGAUCGUAUUGUUAGCAUGGCUUACACCAUCAUCACACCCAUGCUGAAUCCUUUCAUAUACAGCCUAAGGAACCAAGAUGUGAGACAGGCUCUGAAGAAACUCAUCACGCAAUGCUUUUAUGACACCUGA